CACAAAACAAGAAAGAAUUAGAAAAAGCUUAAAGCUUUAACAUAGAGAGAAAAAUGGAAGGGAAAGAAGAAGAUGUGAGAGUUGGGGCUAACAAGUUCCCUGAGAGGCAACCGAUCGGGACAUCAGCUCAGUCGGACAAGGACUACAAAGAGCCACCUCCUGCGCCACUGUUCGAGCCAGGAGAGCUGAGCUCAUGGUCGUUCUGGAGAGCAGGAAUCGCCGAGUUCAUAGCUACUUUCCUCUUCCUUUACAUCACCGUUCUGACUGUAAUGGGAGUGAAGAGAGCACCGAACAUGUGUGCCUCUGUUGGAAUCCAAGGCAUCGCUUGGGCUUUUGGUGGCAUGAUUUUUGCUCUUGUCUACUGUACUGCUGGAAUUUCAGGUGGACACAUCAACCCUGCGGUUACGUUUGGUUUGUUCUUGGCUAGGAAGUUGUCUCUGACCAGGGCAGUUUUCUACAUGAUAAUGCAAUGUCUCGGAGCCAUCUGUGGCGCCGGAGUGGUCAAGGGUUUCCAGCCAACGCCGUACCAGACACUCGGUGGCGGUGCCAACACCGUCGCUCCAGGCUACACCAAGGGAUCUGGCCUCGGUGCUGAAAUCAUCGGAACUUUUGUCCUCGUCUACACGGUCUUCUCCGCCACCGACGCCAAGAGAAGCGCCCGUGACUCGCACGUCCCGAUAUUGGCACCACUCCCAAUAGGGUUUGCAGUGUUCUUGGUACACCUGGCGACAAUUCCUAUAACCGGGACCGGAAUCAACCCAGCUAGAAGCCUUGGAGCCGCAAUUAUCUACAACAAGGACCACUCCUGGGAUGACCAUUGGAUUUUCUGGGUGGGACCAUCCAUUGGAGCAGCACUAGCAGCACUCUAUCACCAGAUUGUCAUCAGAGCCAUUCCUUUCAAGAGCAAGAGCUGA